CAGUCCAUCGCGCAGUUCGUUGACGUCACUCGUGUCGUGUGGUCGUCGUUAGUUAGUUUCGUGCGUGCCUUUCCUGCUUGCGUUUGCACCGUUCAACUGCAACGCUCUACUGUCAUAUUUCCGUGUUUCGAAAAUAUUGUUACUGCAGUUUUCAAUAUGGCUUUAGCAAAUCAUAAAUAGAUCCUCAGUAUUGCAUUGAUUUUCACGGAAGGAAUCUGAUGGAUAUUCUUCUAGAAGAGAAAGAAAGAAACGAAGCAGUCCCACACUUCUGGAUGCAACUUCGAUCCGAUUUCUCCGGGUGACAGUGUUUGUGAAAACGCCCGAAACGCUGGUAGUGGGUUUUUAUCAAACGAUGCAUAAUUUAUUUUUUGGGGAUAUUUCACGGUAAAAUAUUGAUCAGUGUCCACACACAGGAGAAUCCUUUCAAGGAUCAAUUUCAACAGUGUUGUCUUCAAGCUACGGAUCUAGCGAUCUGCCCUUUGAUAGUUGAAAUAGGUUUUCGGUAGUGCGAGUGAAUUACGAAAGGUAGAAAAGAAUAAAAACGGUGCACAAUCGUGCUGGUGUUGGUGUGUAUCGCUCGCAUGGAAAGUAUAGCUAAGAAGCUUAUUUGAAGAGUCAUUGGAAGAGCCCGAAAAUUGGAUAAUUCCCAGUAAGUGCAGUUUGUGGCCAUUCCGGAAAGUUUACAUCCGAAAAGUGCAGUCUGUGGCAGGCACCAAUCUCAAGCCGCCACCACGGGAUUACUGACAGCCGUUGCGUGAACGCUAGAAGGUAGACAGAAUCCCCGUACCGCUGUCAAAACCAUAAGCAAGCAAAAUAGACGACAAUAGCAGCACCGAGAUGAUGAAAAUGGAGACCGAUAAAAUAAUGGACGAGUCCAACAACAGCAGCCCACAGUUCACCACAUCGAUACUGUACGAUCCCGCACGAAAGAAAGAGCCUUCGCAAUCGUUCCAAACCGAACGGGAUGCCUGUCUUUCCUACUUCUCCAAAUGGAACGAAUCGGAUCAGGUGGACUUUGUCGAGCAGCUGUUGUCUCGCAUGUGUCAUUACCAGCACGGCCACAUCAAUGCCUACCUGAAACCGAUGCUGCAGCGGGACUUCAUAACACUGUUACCUACAAAGGGACUGGAUCACGUGGCAGAAAACAUCCUCUCCUAUCUGGACGCCAAAUCACUGUGCCGAGCCGAGCGUGUAUGCAAAGAAUGGUCCCGAGUCAUAUCAGAAGGCAUGCUAUGGAAAAAGCUCAUAGAACGGAACGUUCGCACCGAUUCCCUCUGGCGAGGGCUUGCAGAACGGAAAGGAUGGAUAAAAUAUCUGUUCAUUCCGCGACCGGGAGUGACACAUCGACCGCACAAAUUUUACCGUGAGCUGUUCCCCAAGAUCAUGAAGGACAUCGAAGCGAUCGAGAACAACUGGCGCACCGGUAAUCACAACCUGCAACGGAUAAAUUGUCGAUCGGAGAACUCGAAGGGCGUGUACUGUCUACAGUACGACGAUGACAAGAUCGUGUCCGGUUUGAGAGAUAACACAAUCAAAAUCUGGGACCGCAAUUCGCUGCAGUGCUGCAAGAUUUUAACCGGUCACACCGGAUCGGUACUUUGUCUGCAGUAUGACGACAAAGUGAUUAUUAGCGGUUCAAGUGAUUCCACGGUCCGGGUGUGGGAUGUGAACUCCGGUGAUAUGGUAAACACACUGAUACAUCACUGCGAAGCGGUGCUGCAUUUACGCUUCAACAACGGCAUGAUGGUGACUUGUUCCAAGGAUCGUUCGAUUGCCGUGUGGGACAUGACAUCGCCAACGGAGAUAGCCCUCCGACGGGUACUAGUCGGCCAUCGGGCGGCAGUCAAUGUGGUAGAUUUUGACGAGAAAUACAUUGUAUCGGCUUCCGGUGAUCGUACGAUUAAGGUGUGGAACACUUCGACGUGCGAGUUUGUACGUACUCUCAAUGGUCACAAGCGCGGUAUCGCGUGUCUACAGUAUCGGGACAGACUGGUCGUUAGCGGUAGUUCGGAUAACUCUAUAAGACUAUGGGACAUUGAAUGUGGUACCUGUUUGCGAAUUCUCGAGGGUCACGAAGAGCUCGUCCGCUGCAUCAGGUUCGACUCGAAACGUAUCGUGAGCGGAGCUUACGAUGGCAAAAUAAAGGUGUGGGAUCUCCAAGCUGCCUUAGACAUUCGAGCACAAACCAAUACGCUGUGCUUGAAGACAUUAAUGGAACACACGGGCCGCGUUUUCCGACUACAGUUCGAUGAGUUUCAGAUAGUGAGUAGCUCCCACGACGAUACAAUCCUGAUAUGGGACUUUCUGAAUUGCUCUCCGAAGGAGGAGCCCCAAGCGAUGGUCCAGGUGGGCCGAAGUCCAUCACGUGAGUAUUCCUCUUCUGCUGCCGCUGGCGGCCGAGCUCAACCCCAGCAAGAGACUGACGAUGACGACGCAUACUGAAUGAAAGAACAAUAGAACCCCAAAUCAGAAUACCAGAUAUAAAUAAACUAAUCAACCUAUCAACACCCCUUCGAAUGUCAGAUGUGCACAGACACAUUCGAACCAACCACCUUAUUGCUUACUCUUGUUUUUCUUUUCUCUCCUACACGACGUUGCGUUCGUUCGGGUGUGAUGUGCCGUGUACGUGGGAUCGUUCGCGAAAUAAUAGCUGAAAUCACGUAAGGAUUUGCCGGGAACAAUGUAUUUAGUAGGAAGCGUUUUCGUAGUCAGUAGGAAAGGAAUACAAGCAGAACAGAUGAAAAAAAAAUAAACACACACAGCCUCACUCACAUACACAUACAUUCUUUCAACGAUUCGCUGGACGUUUUAUUCAUAGUUGUAUGUGUGCGUGAAGCAGGAGAAUAGAAGCUUUGCGCGAACUGGAUUACAGACAGAAGAGGACUACAAAUAAGAUUAUAUUCGGUUUAAAAUAUUUGAAAAUAAACAUACUGUUGGCAGCAACAAAGUAAAACAUUGAAACAGUUGAUACUGGAAGAAUCGCGCCUGCGAGCGGACGGAACAAACUAGGUACUUUUUAGGUAAUCGGUGCACUUUUGUGUGUGUAUGUGGUUAUCGUAUGCUUGUUAAUUUUUCGUGUAUGUGUGGCUUAAACAUUGAAUUCUCUUUGUUACAACAAAUUACUGGAUACUAAAAUACAAAAAAAAAACAAGUUUUGAUUGAAUCUACAAUAGAUUUAGGCGGUUAUCUGGAAUGAAUGGUUUAAAAAAAUGCAAUACUUAUGAAGUACGUCUAACUCCGAUUGAAUUAUCCUUCAACUGGCUUGAACCAGUUUAGUACUGAAAAAAGUUAGAAAAUUCAACCCCGCAUCGAAAACUGAUUACGUAUCUCGUUCUCUUCAUUUGUACAUUUUUUUGUGUUUGUCGCUUUUAAAAUUUGACCAUGAAUAUCACUAUCAAACUGUUGCCGUUCAGCAGAGUAAUUCGGACCGGUGAGUGAGGACAAGGUCUGCCAGAUUAGAUAAAUUUUAAAACUUUUUUAGUAAUAGCUAUUCGACGGUUAGUGCGUUGUGUAUGGAAAGAGCUGUCCGAAAAAAAAUGCUGUUGUUUAUUAGUAAUACCAAUAUAAUUUAUGAAACUCUUAAGCGAGUAGUAAUACAAAUGAAUUUGCUAAUAGAAUAGUCGCUACAAAACACACAAAUCAGAAAUCGUAAAACUUGGUAGAAUUCCCUUUUUCAAAAAAGCAUCUUUAAACAAUACAAGUGGAUAAAGAAAAAGUAAAAGAACCGUUGUUAUCUAUUAAUCGUUUUCCCGUUUCGGAUCACAACCGCCCUUAACAAAAUUUAAGAAGAUGUAUAAAACAAAACAAAAUUAUCCACAGACUUAGAUAACGUUAUAUAUAAAAGAAAUCGAAUGAAACUGUAGUGAAAAACAAAGAUCAUUUAGCACUCUGAAAGGUAGCCGGGGUUGAUUACGGAAAUCCACUUUUGGUCGGAAUGGCUUUGGAUAAAAGUAGCACUCCACAAAGAUCUGAAUGUAAGGAAUGCGCAUGAUUCACCGCAGUUCAAGACUGAUGCGUAUAAGUAAUGCAAGGAUUAUGAAUUCUACUUGUUGAGCAAAAAAAACAGAUAAAGGGGAAAUAUAUUCAGCUGAAGAUAUGUAAAGUA